AUGAUGGAGGUGGCGGGGCUGAGAAGCAGGGGCCCGCGGCCACGGCACCCGGGCGUCCCACUUGGCCGGUGUGGCUCGGGAAGCCGGGGCCGGCCGCGGCCCGCACACCUGCGGGACGCGGGACGCGGGACGCGGGGCGGGCCGGGCCGGUGGCUCCCUGCGAGCGCUGCUGAAAGUCUACGGUCCUUUCUUUCGUUAAUUAUGCACAGAAAGCAGGAAAGCGACGUGCAGAUUUCCAGCUAUGAUGAAAAUCGUGAACUGGGCACACACGCUAUCUGCCUCUCAGACACAGCCCUGCCCCCUCAAACUACAGAUAAUGGUGCCAUUUGCUCAGCUCCCCUGGACUUUGGUCCCCUCAUCUUUAGAAGGACAAAGGGUUGUGUCAACGAGGCCAGUUUCUGUGGCUACCGCAGAGAGAUCGUUCUUGUAGUGUUUACAACUGAACACGUGUCAGAGACGCUUCUGCAGCGGAAACGGCACCGGCUGCUCCGCGUCCCGCGGCCGCCGCCCGGGGUGGGCCUGCGGCCCGAGCGGCUGCGGCCACGGCGGGCUGUGCGGCCCGGGCCCCGGCGGGCCGGCCUGCGUCUGCCCGGCCGGGCGCUCGGGUGCGAGGCCGCGGCGGCCGCGUGCGCCUCGGGGCCCUGGGGCGGCGUGCCGGGGCGCGGGCGCCAGCUACGCCUGCUUCUGCGUGCCGGGCUUCCAGGGCGGCCGCUGCGAGACGGACGUGGACGAAUACGUCCUGAGCCCAGGGAUCCUGUGACCUCUCUGCCUCCUAAGCAGCUGGGGGUCCAGAAGAAGAUGCGGUCUCUCUACCUUUGCCUGGGCUCAUUUCAGACCCGCUCUCCUCCUAUCUCUGACCACCAAGUCGCUGGCAUUACACAUGAAGACAGGGGUGGCAAGUGCACAGGGCGAGACACCUGCACGGGCCGCGAGCUGGGUUCUGGGGAUCCCGAGGAACAACUCUUCCAAAACCUUGGCAGCAAGCGCCGAUGUUGCUGCAAUCAGAUUUGCUUUACGGAGGAGAGACCGCAUCGCUUUAGAAACACAGAGAACGCUUGUCGGAAGAAAAACUGCAUCCACUGUGAGGUGGAAAUGGAUGGGUGCUGGUCUCAGCCUUGUGUCAAUGGAGCAACCUGUCAGGAUGUUCUUGGGGCGAACUUCUGUGACUGUGCCCCGGGAUUUCUAGGUGAUCAUUGUGAGUUCGACCUUGAUGAGUGUGCCAGUCAGCCAUGUCUCCACGGAGGUCAGUGUGUGGAUGGAGAAAACAGAUACAGCUGUAACUGCACAGGGAGCAGAUUCAUGGGGCCUCGCUGUGAGAGCCCGAUGCCUCCUUGCUGGUCAAACCCUUGUGACAACAAUGCCACUUGUGAAGACACUGCUGACGGUUACAUGUGUCACUGCUGGCCUGGAAUCCACUGUGAAGGAGACGUGGACGAGUGUUCAUCGAGCCCCUGUCAGAACGGCGGCAGGUGCGAGGCCUUGCCGGGGGGCUACACGUGCCACUGUCCAGUUGCUAACGGUUCUUGGCCGUCUUUCGGGGGAGAGGACUGCGCGCAGGCCCUCCCGGGCUGCGCUGGCGGCCCGUGUCUCAAUGCCGGGCUGUGCAUCCCGCACCUCCGGCAUGGCCAGCACGGGUUCACCUGCCAGUGUCCAGCGGGCCACGCGGGGGCUGUGUGUGACACGGUCACCACGCUUUCCUUCAAUGGCAGCGGCUUCCUGGGGGUGCCAGGAAGCCCAGGUAACACCACUGGCUCUGCCUGCCACCUGUCCUUCGGGUUUCAGACCGUCCAGCCGGACGCCCUGCUGCUGUUCCGAGGCCUCGGAGACACGUCUGUGACGCUGCAGCUGCUCCGUGGGCACAUUCACCUAGCCAUCCACGGCCACCGCCGGUCAGAGGCACACCUCUCCCUUCCCCACAACACCAGUGAUGGAGAAUGGCAUUCGGUGCAGGUGAUGUUCGGGGAGACGGUGACCCUGGCCCUAAUCGAUGACAUCUGUAAGGAGAAAUGCACUGUCGGGGCUCCCCUGGAAAGCAAUCACUCAAUGUGUGCUCCCCAGAACUCUUUUUUGGGUGGGUUACCGACUGGAACAGCCCACCAUGGCGUCUCUCUCCUGAACGUCUCUGAUGGACCGUCCAUGCCUCCGUUGGUUGGCUGUCUCCAAGACAUUCUGUUUGACGGGAAUCACAUUACCCUGGAGAACACUGCCCCUGGCUGGUCAUUAAACAUCCAGACGGGCUGCCUGAGAAAGGACUGGUGUGCAGGGCAAACCUGUCAAAGCAGAGGACGCUGCAUGAACCUGUGGCUGAGUUACCGGUGUGAGUGCGACAGGCCUUACGCAGGACCUGACUGUCGGAGCGAGUAUGUGGCAGGCAGAUUUGGCCAGGAAGACACCACUGGGUACGCUGUCUUUCAUGUUGAUGAGAGUUAUGGACAAAACUUCAGCAUCUCCAUGUUCAUCCGCACACACCAAACGUCAGGCUUACUUCUAGCUUUGGAAAACAGCACUUUUCAAUAUGUCUGCCUCUGGUUGGAGCAGGGAAGACUAGCACUGCUGACUCCCGGAUCUCCCAAAUUGGUAGUAAAAGUUGUUCUGAGUGAUGGAAAUGUCCAUUUUGUAUCAUUGACAAUCACGCCAAAUGGAAUGGAACUGUAUCAGUCUUCACAAAGCCUGGGAUUUAUUUCUGCUCCUACAUGGACAGUCCAGAAAGGAGACGUGCUCUAUGUCGGCGGCCUGCCUGACAGGCAGGAGACUGAAGUUCAUGGAGGAUUCUUCAAAGGUUGUAUCCAGGAUAUAAGACUCAACAACCAAAAGCUGGAAUUCUUCCCCAACUCAACAACUGAUGUGUCCCGUCAUCCGGCUCUUGUUAAUGUGACCCAAGGCUGUCCUGGAGACAAUGCCUGCAAGUCUAACCCCUGCCGUCAUGGAGGGGCCUGCUAUUCCCUGUGGGAUGAUUUCUCCUGCUCCUGCCCCGCGCACACCGCCGGGAAGGCCUGUGAGGAAGUCCGCUGGUGUGAGCUCAGCCCCUGCCCUCCCAGCGCCCAGUGCCAGCCGGUGCCACAGGGAUUUGAAUGCCUGGCGGACGCGGUGCUGGGCGUGCAGGACGCGGAGCUGGUCUUCAGGAGCAACGGGCACAUCCGCCGGGAGCUCACCCGCCUCACGCUCGGCUUCCGGACCCGGGAGGCCCGCGUGCGGCUGCUGAGCGCGCGCGGGGAGGCGGACUCCCUGACCGUCCGCGUCCACGACUCGCGGCUGCUGGUGGAGCUGCGGAGCGGCGGCCCCGGCGGCCCCCCCGCGCGCCUGCGCAGCCCGCGCGCCGUGAGCGACGGCGCCUGGCACCGCGCCGUCCUCGCCAUGCGCGCGCCCCGCGCCCGCGCCGCCGCCUGGCGCCUGGAGCUGGACGGCCGCGCCGCCGCCGCCGCGCACAGCCUCGCCCCCGCCGGCAACCUCAACUUCCUGCGGGACGGGGCGGACAUCCACGUGGGCGACCGGCCGGCGCCCGGGCCGCGGAGGCCCCGGGGCUGCGUGGGCACGGUGGCCGUCGGGGGCCUGGCCCUGUCCUACGUCGCGGGCCUGCGCGGCUUCCCCCGCCCUCCCCAGGAGGAGCAGCUCCUCAGGGUGUCCCCCGCGGCGGUGGUGACGGGCUGCGCGCGCGGGGACCCCUGCCGGUCCGCCCCGUGCCUGCACGGCGGCCGCUGCAAGGACGCCGCCUUCCACUGCGCCUGCGCGGCGGGCCGGGCCGGCGCGCGCUGCGAGCUCCGCGCCGACCUCGAGGACGCCGACGACGACGACGCAUGCGCGUCCCAGCCGUGCGUCCGCGGCCGCUGCAAGCCGGGCUUCACCGGGGCCCACUGCGAGGCGGAGAUCCGCGACGACGCCCGCUGCCCCGGAAACGCCACGGGGGAGCCGUGCAGUCACAGCGGAUUGCCCUCCACGGUCUGUGGGAACGAGAAAACAAAUCUCACUUGCUAUCAUGGAGGGAGCUGCAUCGAGUUUCAAGCAGAAUUAAAAUGUGUCUGCCAGCCGGGUUUUACUGGAGAAUGGUGUGAAGAGGACAUUGACGAGUGUGUCUCCAGGCCAUGCCAGAACGGGGGACUGUGCCAGGACCUGAGGAACCGAUUCCAGUGCGUGUGCGGCCUGGCCUUCGCCGGCCAGCGCUGCGAGCUAGACGUAAGCGGCCUGUCCUUCUAUGUCUCCCUCUUACUCUGGCAAAACCUCUUCCAGCUCCUGUCUUACCUCAUUCUGCGCAUGAACGAUGAGCCGGUGGUUGAGUGGGGGGAGCAGGAAGGUUAUUGA